AUGUAUAAGAUACGAAUGAGGGCCCCACAUUUUUUACUUGCCCCGGGCCCCGCAAAACCUAGAGCCGGCACUGAUAGACAGUAUGGCAAAAGAGGAUUCAUAAAAUACAGUAUAAGGGACUCACAAAAUGCAUUCCUUGUUUUAACUCCAACAGCGGAGGAGAUGGAGUUGACUUUGAAAAAGAUGGCUGAUAAAGGUCCAAUACAGCCAUGCGUGUUAGUUGUAGGAUCAUUAUUUGAUCCUAAAGAAAUACUAGUGUACUUUGACAAUAUUAAAUACAAAAUAUUUUCUGCCUAUAAGGCGUUUGAUGUAUGCUUCAAGAUAUUCCAUGUCUUCAACGUGGAGUAUCCUCUAGAAUCGGGUGACGUAUGGCUGUUCAUACAAACUUUUUUUUACAACAUACAAAUUAUUAAGUAUGAAAAAUCAAACGUAUUAUCAAAACAAAUUACCAAUGAAUUAAAAUCAAAAUAA